AUGGUUUCCGUUCGGGAUAUCUGCGUGUUCUCGCUUGUAUCAGGCCUUGUGUCUGCAGACGGCCUCUCGUCUCGCGCGAAGGCUGCCGGUAAACUGUACUGGGGGACUGCUAUCAACCCGAACGUGUUGAACGAUGCCUCUGCAAAGGCCAUUGGGACGAACAGCCAGGAUUUCGGGUCAUUCACCUGCGAGAAUGAGAUGAAAUUCGACGCCACAGAGCCUUCCCGGGUCACCAACGGCAACUUCGACAAUGCGACGAUGAUUUCGAUCAUGAAGAACCAUAUCACCAACGUCAUGACACACUUCAAGGGCAAGUGCUACGCCUGGGAUGUCGUCAACGAAGCCCUGGCCGAGAAUGGAGGGUAUCGGACUGACUCCGCUUGGUACAAGGCCAUCGGACCGGCAUUCAUCCCCAUUGCCUUCGCACAUGCCGCCACGGUCGACCCAUCUGCCAAGCUGUACUACAAUGACUACAACUGCGAUGUUCCCGGGUCCAAGUCUACUGGUGCGCAGAACCUUAUCAAGACGAUUAGGGCAUAUGGUGCGAGAGUUGAUGGCAUGGGUUUGCAAGGCCACAUGUCUGUCGGGAACGUCAAUCAGGCGAAUCUCAUUAGCAACCUGAACGCUUUCGCUGCCCUGAACGUUGAGGUAGCAUACACUGAGCUUGAUAUCAACACUCCGGCCCCAGGGACAUCUUCAACCCUCGAGCAGCAGGCGAAGGACUACGCAAGCGUUGUCAAUGCUUGCAAGGCAGUCUCGAAGUGUGUUGGCAUCACUCAAUGGGGAGUUGCUGACAAGUACACCUGGAUCUCCGGCGGUGCGCCUUUGCCGUGGAACUCGGCACUGGCUAAGAAACCAGCUUACACAUCUGCGCUGAACGCUUGGGGUAGCGGUGGCGGAACACCCACGACCACGACUCUAGCAACAACUACUACGAAGGCACCUUCAACCACAACAACCGCGGGCGGCGGAAGCGGCGGUUGCACGGUAGCCAGGUACGGACAAUGUGGAGGUUCAGGGUACAGCGGAUGUACGACCUGCGCAAGCGGUUCGUCAUGCUCCUAUUCGAACGACUACUACUCGCAGUGCCUCUAA